UAGCACUAGGGCAGUUCAGUAAAUUUAUUUUGUACAACAGUCCCGACUUUUCUAUACUACAAAGCGAAGAAGAAAAAUACUACUCCUACCAGCGGAGAGAGGAGAGAGAAAGAGAAAAGAAGAGAAAAGAAGAGGAAAGAGAAAAUUCGCCUCUCUCUAAACAAACCCUUACCCUAGUUUUGAUGGCUGCACCGGCUCCAACUUCAGCUCAUCAUUCUCACCGGAAUACCACCUCGGAAACCGGCAGCAGCACCGACGCCGGUGGUCUCAACAGCCCCCAGUCUCGGCGAUCAUCAGCCGCUGCGCGUGGUGUUUCCUCGGCUUGGACGCAGAUUGUUCGCAGCAGCGACUCAGAAUCCACAGUUGUGUCGAUUUCCUCUUCACCUCCUCUUCCUCCUCCACUUUCUCCUCCGGCGUAUUCUGAGCAAAUCGUUCACUCCUCUGAUUGUUCGCUUUCUGAUGACGGGGCGACAGCCGGUAGUGCUGCUACAGAAGCUCAGCUUGAGAGCUCUGAUAACGGAAACAGCGAUGGCAGCAACAGCAAUGUGGCUAAAAAGCCCGCCUGGAACAAACCGUUAAAUGGUGCAGCUGAGGUUAGUCCAGUCAUGGGUGCUGUCUGUUGGCCUGCUCUCUCCGAUUCCACUAAGGCUUCACCAAAAUCGUCUUCUUCCGAGUCACUCAAAGCUCUCUCCGACGUAUCAGUUUCUGUAACACAGGGAACGGGAAUGACAUCAUCUUCUCAUGGGCAAGCUAAUACGAACAAUGCGAACCCUAAUUCAACGCUGAACCAUGUUGCUCCCACCCGCCAAAGGUCUAUGAAGCGCGGUGGUGGUUAUUCAAACCAUAAUGCAUCAGCCAAUGGUGGUUUUUCUCAGCAACAGGGGCAGAGUUCUGAGGUGGAAAUAGUCCUUAAUAAAUCUGGGAAGUCCGGUAAUUCUGGUGCUGAUUCAUCUUCAAAGGAUAAUAGUCAUAGGGAUGGUGGACAAUGGGGAGGAUUUGGAUCUCAAUCACAUGGUGGAAAUGAGCACCAACAUCAACGAAAUUCAAACAGGAGAGGCAAUGUUGGUCCACACCCCCGUGGAGAUGGCACGCAUCAUCAAGGUUAUGGGGGUAGGCGUGAUCAGGAACGUGGAAAUCAGGAUUGGAAACCCCACAGAGGUUGGGGGAAUAGGGAUGCACACAUGCAGCCGCAGAGAGUUCCAGCGAGGCCAUUUAUGGGAGGCCCACCUCAUACUUCCCCACCUUUUAUACCUCCAACCAUGCCUGUGCAGCCCUAUCGAGCUCCCAUGGUUUACUCUGAGGUACCACCUGUAUAUUUUUUUCCAGGUCCACUCCCUGAUACAUUCAGAAUGCCUAUGCUUUCUCCUGUGCCACCUGUCUUCUUUCAUAUGCCAGAUCCCCAGUUGCAAACCAAAAUAGUGAACCAGAUAGAUUAUUAUUUCAGUAAUGAAAAUUUGAUUAAGGAUACAUUCUUGCGGCGGAACAUGGAUGAACAUGGAUGGGUUUCUGUUACGCUAAUAGCAGGCUUCAAGAAA